AUGUCAACCGAUCCCAAGUUCGACGAGCUGCACAAGCAAAUGUUUGAGGAGGGUCUCAAAAUGCGACGCUCCGUCGUCGGCGACGAAUAUGUUGACCGUGCCCUCGCAAACGGCUCGACAGAGUUCUCCCGUGAAGGACAAGAAAUUGUUACUCAAUGGUGCUGGGGAUAUGCCUGGACACGACCAGGCCUCGAAAAGAGGGAUCGCUCCCUGUUGAACUUGGGCAUGCUGAUGGCUCUCAACCGCGCUCCUGAGCUAGCUGUGCACGUCCGAGGAGCAAGGAACAAUGGGCUGAGUGAGCUAGAGAUCAGGGAGGCCAUCAUUCACGCGACAACUUACUGCGGUGUGCCUGCUGGUGUCGAUGCCUUCAAGAUCGCGGAAAGAGUCUUCAACGAGAUGGCUGAGAAGGGGGAGAAGCCACGAGAGCUGGGUGCGAAGUCUGCAAAGGCAUAG